AUGGCUAUUAUAAAAAUUCCAUUACAGAAGCAGUUCCUUUAUACUCCUGAACCAGUUUAUAAGGCUCCGGUCUACACGCCUAAACCAGUCUAUAAAGUUCCUGUCUACACGCCUAAACCUUACUACAAGGCUCCGGUUUACUCGCCUAAACCAGUCUACAAAGCUCCCGUCUACACGCCUAAACCUUACUACAAGUUUCCGGUCUACACUCCUAAACCUGUCUACAAAGCUCCCGUCUACACACCUAAACCAGUCUACAAGCCUCCCGUCUACACGCCUAAACCAGUCUACAAGGCUCCCGUCUACACGUAUAAACCUUACUACAAGGCUCCGGUCUACACUCUUAAACCAGUUUACAAAUCUCCCGUAUACACACCUAAACCUUACUACAAGGCUCCUCUCUACACUCGUAAACCAGUCAACAAGGCUCCCGCUCCCGUCUACACUCCUAAACCAGUCUACAAGGUUCCUGUCUACACGCCUAAACCAGUCUACAAAGCUCCCGCCUACACUCCUAAACCAGUCCACAAGGCUCCCGUCUACACGCCUAAACCUUACUACAAGGCUCCUGUCUACACUCCUAAACCAGUCUACAAGGCUCCGGUAUACACUCCUAAACCAGUCUACAAAGCUCCUGUCUACGCACCUAAAUCUUAUUACAAGGCUCCCGUCUACACUCCUAAACCAGUGUACAAGGCUCCGGUCUACACGCCUAAACCAGUCUACAAGGCUCAAGUUUACGAGCCUACCCCAGUUUACAAGCCUACACCAGUUUACAAGCCUCUCACCCCCAUCUACUAA